CCCUUCACACUCUCACGGCAUCAUCCAGGAAGAAACCCCGGAGUGGAAACCGUCGAGCGGUGAAUGAAAGGCUGCAGUCAGCUAUAAAGAGGAUUUUCAGGAGUUCCCACUCUCAUAUACUGCUGUUUGGACGGAGGCACAGUCAACAUGCUGAUUAAAGAAUACCGAAUUGUCCUGCCCAUUUCAGUGGAGGAGUACCAAGUGGGUCAGCUGUAUGCAGUAGCAGAGGCCAGCAAGAAUGAGACGGGUGGAGGAGAAGGUGUGGAGGUGAUUGUCAACGAGCCCUAUGAGAAGGAUGGAGAGAAGGGACAAUACACCCACAAGAUCUACCACCUGCAGAGUAAAGUGCCAGGUUUUAUCCGGGUGAUAGCGCCGAAAGGUUCUCUCGAAGUUCACGAGAAGGCCUGGAAUGCAUAUCCUUACUGUCGAACCAUCCUCACGAAUGAAUACAUGAAAGACAAGUUCAUGAUAAAGAUUGAGACGUGGCACAAGCCUGAUAUGGGGGAUCAGGAAAAUGUACAUGGACUGGACCAAAGCACAUGGGAAAAAACUGAAGUAGUUAACAUCGACAUUGGGGACAGAAGUGUCAUAAAUGCAAAUGACUACAAACCAGAAUAUGAUCCAGCCAUAUUUAAGUCCAAGAAGACGGGUAGAGGACCUCUGGGACCUGACUGGAAGAAAGAACUCGCUAACAACCCCGACUGUCCACACAUGUGUGCCUAUAAGCUAGCCACUGUUGAAUUCAAGAUGCUGGGACUACAGGGCAAAGUGGAAGGCUUCAUUCAUAAGGUGGAGAAGCGUUUGUUCACCCACUUCCACAGACAGCUGUUCUGCUGGCUGGACGGAUGGAUCGAUCUGUCGAUGGAUGACAUACGACGCAUGGAGGAGGAGACGAAGAAGGAGCUCGAUGAGAUGAGGAAGAAUGAUGAAGUGAAAGGCCUGGCAGUCGACUAACCCAGAUGAUUUAACUUCAUUCAGCAGACUCAGACUCAUCUCCUGGGACAUUGGACCUAGAACAGCUUGAUAGGCAUAAUCAAGAAUACCACACCUCCAUCCCAAUAAAAUUUGCUCUUAAUAAGAGCUCAUUAUUGUAAAGCAGUUGUGUGUAUUUGUGUACUACAUUUGAAUACAACAAAUAUAGCAGCUUUUAGGUUUUUUUUAAGAGACAAGUAUGGGAAUCAGUUUUGAAGCGUUCUUACUUAUGUCUAUUAGGUGCUCUUCAAUUUUAAAACAUCACAGGGAGGGUGUAGGUUGUCUCUGAAGAAACAUUUCUGAUUUCUGUUAUCCUUUUUUUAGUGGAAGUUAUUUGGGUUUUUGUUCUUUUUCUUGAUUGUAUAUUUUCCAGUUCCCAGUGAUUCAUUGUUUACUUACCAGAGCAAGGCACAUUUUCCACAGGUCUCGUGUCUUCUACAUCUGCAAAAGCUCCAGAGUUACUGGGAUCUUACAAGGUUUUUUAAAUAAUUGAAUAAAAUAAAAUAGGCUUCUGUGCUUUUGAGAAAGUUCUGUUCAUUUCUUGAUCUCACAAAAUGCAUUUGUACCUAUGUUUUGUCAAACUGGAAAUUCCACCACCCUCCUGUGCUGUACAGUUUACAUAUGAGGUAUUUACUUUGAAAAGACUCCAUCAGGGACAUGAAAUAUAUUUUCAGCGUAGUCUGGUCUGAAUGCACCUGCUGUUGGUCAGUUGGUCGGUUUAGUUUCCUACAAAGAUGCCAGCUGCUGUUUUUAUAGUAAUCGUAAUACCGGUAUAGUAAUUAUAUCAUUGGGUUGAGGUUUUGAGUGUUGGUGAUGAUAAUAUGCAAGAAGAACUUGAACUCUGAGCAGAUUUUAAAAUGAUGGACACAUGAAGCAAUUCUGUCUUGAUAACUUUGAAAAGGUUUGGGCUACUAUUGUAAGUCUUGUCCUGUGUUGAACCUGGAUUUUAAUGUAAUGAGUUAUAUGAUCGUGUAGCAUAUUAAAGACAAUGUAAUUGUU